AAGGUACCAACCUAGCACUGAACCAGUACUUACCCCUCUUCAUCUUCUUCGUUUCUUUCCUCUUUCUCUCUCCCCCAGUCCUCAACCAUGGAGGCCACUCUCUUCACAUUCCCCACCUCAAAACCCCCACUAUCCUCCUCUCACACCCUCUCACUCAAAAACCACUUCAACAAUUCACUUCUAACCCAACCCAAUUUCAAUCUUUCCAUCCAUCACCACCGCAAACCACCACCCACUUCAAUCCGCGCCGCCAUAAGUCGGACAAAGAAAGAAGAAACCGUAGAAACCGUCAAACAACAACUCGAAGACUGCUACCUCUUAGCCGGCAUCAAAUACAAAGGCUUCACAGUCAAACAAUUCCAAGAACUAAGAACUUCACUCCCUGAAUCAACCAAGCUCAUUGUUGCCAAGAACACUUUAGUCCUUAAAGCCAUCGAAGGCACAAAAUGGGAAGCUCUGAAACCGUGCAUGAAGGGCAUGAACGCUUGGUUGUUUGUUCACAGUCAGGAAAUUCCCGCGGCGAUAAAACCGUAUCGGAGUUUUCAGAAGGAGAAGAAGUUGGAGGAAAAUGAUUUUUCUGGGGCGGUUUUUGAAGGGAAGUUUUAUGCUCCGGAGGAGUUUAAGGCUUUGGAAUCGAUGCCGACGAGGGCGGAGAUUUAUGCGAAGCUUUUGGGGUCUUUGAAGGGUCCGGCGUCGGCGGUGGUGGGGACACUUCAGGCUCCAGCCAGGGAUUUGGUGAUGGUGUUGAAGGCUUAUGUUAAAAAGUUGGAAGAGGAAGGUGGGAAAUAAUGGAUAGGAGGAGAUGUGCAGGAUUGGUAUGUAAGUUUAUUGCUUUGUUGUUUUUGAUUAAUGGAAUUUGAGGCUGUGGAAAUUGUAGAAUUUUGUAAGUUUUGUUGUUGAUAUGGAAUUUGAAUACAAUGCUUAUCAAAUGAAAAUGGCAUUAGUCUUUUACAUUGGAACUAACUGAAGAACCUUAUGAUUGUUAUCUAUCUGUUCUUGUCCUGGUAUUGUAUUGUGAUUAAUUGAAAACAUUGCAAGAUCGUUAUAGUUAUUAUUUGUCCAAUGUGCAAAUUAAACAAAGUUGU